UGGGUUAGGGUGUUCCCGACUAGUUACCGACCGUAUUAAAUGUUGGUGUAUGUUUUGUCUCGUAUCAAAAGGUGAAUGUUUAAACCCAUAAAAGAGGUUAAACUAUAUAUGUUUUUGCAAGACUUUGUUUAUUUUUUAUGGCCACACAAAACGUGAGAUAGUUUUCAAAUCUCUAUAUAAACUAUGUUUACGAACCCCAAAAUCACAACACAAACUAAGCUUGAUAAUAGCUAUCAUAUCAAGCUAAGAAAAAUGAAAGUCACUAGCUCCUCUCGAAUUCUAAUAAUCUUGGCAGCCCUUGUAGGUGCUCUUGUUGUUCCCUCGAAGGCUCAAGACAGCCAACAAGACUAUGUAAAUUCUCACAACCAGGCACGAUCGCAGGUAGGCGUAGGCCCCUUGCAAUGGGACGAGGGACUUGCAGCCUACGCUCGGAACUACACAAACCAACUAAAAGGCGACUGCAGACUCGUACAUUCCGGUGGCCCUUACGGGGAGAACUUGGCCAAGAGUGGCGGUGAUUUGUCUGGUGUUGCUGCCGUGAAUUUGUGGGUAAACGAGAAGGCUAACUACAACUAUAAUACAAACACGUGCAAUGGAGUUUGCGGACACUACACUCAGGUCGUUUGGAGAAAUUCGGUGAGACUCGGAUGUGCUAAAGUGAGGUGUAACAAUGGUGGUGGAACCAUCAUCAGUUGCAAUUAUGAUCCUCCGGGGAAUUAUGCGAACCAGAAGCCUUACUAAUGUGUGAUCAUGUUACAUAUACACACAUAUAUAUAUAACACACGGACCUGCAUAAAGGACGUGAAUAUAUAUUUCAAUAAGAAGCAUCAUAUGCGGUAUGUAUAUCAAUAUUUAUUAAAUAAUACAAAUAAGUUAAAGGCCUCUAA